AUGGCGAGGACGAGGAUCGCGUCCUUCUCCGUCCACGAAGGCGUGGGGAGGAAUUUGAAAGGGAGGGAUCUGAGUAGGGUCCGGAAUGCAAUUUGGGAGAAAACUGGGUUCCAAGACUGA